AUGAACAUCUUCAGGAUAGACAAGAAUAUUUUAAUGCACUUCAUCCUGCUGGGCCUGGUGGUUAAGAGCAGCCGGGGGUGCUACUGUGAACAUUAUCCGUGGGGAUCAUGGUCCAGCUGUUCACAAACCUGCAAUUAUGGAAUACAGACAAGGCACAGGGAAAUAAGAAUGGAUGAAUAUUAUAUGCAAAACUUCUGUGACCAGCUAUGUACAAAGCAAGAAUCUCGUGCAUGUAACCAGCAAGCAUGCCCUAUCAACUGUCAGCUUGGAGACUUUGGCACUUGGUCAGAAUGUGACCCAUGUGUUAAAAAACAAUUUCGUGUCCGGUCACUCCUUCGCCCAUCACAGUUUGGGGGUCAGGCCUGUACUGAGCCACUGGUCGAUUCCCGCCCAUGCUUCCCAACUAAACUCUGCAACAUAGUGGAAGUUGACUGCAAGAAUAAAUUCCAGUGUGAAAAUGGUCGCUGUAUUGCAAAAAACCUAAAAUGCAAUGAAGAAAAUGACUGUGGGGACAACUCAGAUGAAAGAAAUUGUGGGAAAAAAAAACCAGUGUGUAACAGAAAGUAUGGGAGCAUCCCAAGUGUGCAUUUAAUAGGCAGUGGAUUUCACAUUCUGGCAGGAGAGAGCCGAGGGGAAGUCCUUGGCAAUUCAUUCAAUGGAGGACAGUGCAAAACAGUGAAGCGCAAUGAAACAAGGAUAUUAUACCGUGUCCCUGCAAAUUUGGAGGCUAUCAGCUUUCAGGUAAUAAAUGAAGAAGAUGAUGCAGCAUCAGAUUUCUACAAUGACUUAACUCCUCUGAGUGACAGUGAUGCUAGAGGUAGUUCAUUCAGUCAUACUGGAAAAAGAAGUUCUGGUAUUCCAUAUUUAUUCUCAAAAAAGAAACGGACACAAGUCACAUCAACCUCCUCCUUCAAGAAAGCCAUUGAAGCCUCACAUAAAAAGAAUUCCAACUUUAUUAGAGUCCAUAAAGUUAUUUCUGUUGCAAACUUCAAAAUGAAACAGUCAAAUCUACAGCUCUCAGACGUCUUUCUAAAAGCACUUAAUCACCUGCCCCUGGAGUACAACUAUGCUUUAUACAGAAGAAUAUUUGAUGAUUUUGGCACUCAUUAUUACACCUCAGGGAAGCUGGGUGGUUCCUAUGACAUUCUUUACCAGUACAGCUCAGAGGAGCUGAAAAACUCAGGUCUGACGGUGGAUGAAUCAACAGAGUGUGUCCGCACAGAAACCACUAGGCGUAUCUUUUUCGUAAAGAGAAAGAAAGUCAGUACCAGCUGCACCACAAACAGAAUGACUGUGAAACACGAAGGUUCCAUUCUGGAGUCGGCCGAACGAUCGGUAUCUCUGGUAAAAGGUGGAAGUUCAGAAUAUGCUGCAGCUCUUGCCUGGGAGAAAAAGGGAGCUUUUCCAGAACACACCAUCUUCACAAACUGGCUGGAAUCAACAAAGGACAACCCUGUGGUGGUUGACUUUGAGGUGUCGCCCAUCGUGGAUCUGGUGAAGAACGUGCCAUGUGCAGCGACCAGGCGUCACAACCUCAGGAGAGCCCUGAGGGAAUACGCGGGCAGGUUUGACCCCUGCCAGUGCGCCCCGUGCCCCAACAACGGCAGGCCCGUGCUGUCCGGGACGGAGUGCCUCUGCCUGUGCCAGGCCGGCACCUACGGGGACCACUGCGAGAAGCGGGCUCCAGACUACAAGUCAGUUGCUGUAGAUGGCCGCUGGGGCUGCUGGUCUGAAUGGAGUUCAUGUGAUGCUUCCUUCAAGAAGAAAAGGACCCGAAGGUGUAAUAACCCUGCCCCGAUGAACGGAGGGAAGCCCUGUGAGGGUGAAGAGGAAGAGGAGGAGGACUGUUAUGUCUCUGUGUUCGCAGACAGAGGGGCUCCUUGUAUAAAUGAUGAUGAAGCAAGGCGAGAAGAUGAUAUCCUGAUUGGUGAACCUGAGUCUGGAUGCUCCAGGCCAGACCCACCAGAAAAUGGCUUUAUCAGGAAUGAAAAGAACCAGUAUGCCGUGGGGGAGGAAGCUGAAAUUGCCUGCAUGACUGGUCAUGUCCUCAGUGGCUUUCAGUUCCUUAGGUGUCUACCAGAUCAAACAUGGACACAGCAGCAUGUUGAAUGUGAACCUUCAGGAUGCCUCAGGCCACCAACCUCUUACAGUGUCACUAUUUCUCCGUUUAAACAACAGUAUGAUAUUGGUGAAACUAUUAAGCUAAGCUGCCAAGCUGGGUAUAUAGUCACUGGUCAAACAGAGUAUACUUGUGGGAAAGACCUAUCCUGGACACCAUCUGUUUCAAAAUCUAUUACAUGUGAAAAAGAUAUGCAAACUAAGACUAGAGGUAUUUGUAAUCCAGGACAAAAACAGGUUGGGUCUCAGUGUGUUUGUAUGUCUCCAGAAGAAGACUGUGGCCACUACUUGGAAGACAUCUGUGUGCUACAUGCUGCUUCAGAGCAGACCAUGACAAAGCCCAGCUGUGAGUACUUAGCUGAAAAUUGCCUCCGAGAGCAGUCGUUUCAUUUCUUGCAUGCUGGCCCUUGCCGUAGUGAUACCAAUCAAGACUGGGCUAUUGAAAGGGCAAAGCUCUCUACAAAUAGCCUGAAGAAAGUGCCAUGUGGCUAUGACACCUGCUAUGACUGGGAAAACUGUGCAGAGACACAGACCCAGUGCUACUGCCUGCUGCCUUACCAGUGCCCCAAAGAAGACAGCCAGCUUCACUGCAUCCAAAUAGUGUCAACCGGGAGGAAGAAGACGGUCAGUUAUUGCACGCUAGCAGCCAUGAAGUGUGCUGGCGUGAAAAUGGAGGUGCUGAAUGCGGGGAGCUGCCUGGGGUAA